AUGAAUUCAGAGACUUAAUAUAAUUACAAGAACAAACACUAUCAUUUCCAUAAGGAUUAGAGACAGGAUUAUGGUGGUAAUUCUCAGGAGUAUUAUGGUGGUUAUAAUCAAUCUUCGCAGCCCUACAAGGCAUCAUAAAAUUAUAGGUAAAUUAAAGAAUUAAUGUUGAUAGGGGAAGAGGAUUCCGUGAUGGAUAUUAACAGUAUUAAAAUCAUCAUUAUCAGAAAGAUAAUGGCUAUUAUGAGAACCAUGAGAGCUAAGGUUACGGGGCUAGCAAAUGAAUGGCAAGAAACUGGGUAUAAGCAAAGAAGGAACUCAGGUUAUAACAACAAGAUAGGUCAUGAAUAGAAAACUUUCAAAGACAAGCCUUUCAACGAGAAACACUUCAAGUAAAAUUCUUUAAUUCAAAUUCAAAUUGAGUAUAGACAUUAACACCAUCACUAUGGAGGCAAUUAUCAUGCAGAUAAUAAGAGUAGAUAACUAAAUGAGCCUGGAUUAGAUGAUAAUCAUGACUAAGCAACAGAGAGACAAAGAACUCAAGAUUCAAAAGAGGACAGAAAGAUCUUUUCUUAUUCAAAAUAAGAGUAGUUGAAUAUAGAUUCACACAAUGUUGAUGAAAGAUAGGAUAAAGACUAUUAGCAGCAUAUCUCAGAUUCACAUACUCAAGAAUCUUAGAAUCAAAGUCUGCAAGAUUUGCCAUCAAAACAUGAUGAUAUUGAUUCAUGCUCCAACAAUGAAAGACAUGAUAGCGAAUGCACGCUAUCAGUUGUCGCUGAAACUGAUUUCGAUAUUCAACAGCAAGAGGCUCAGGAUGAUGAAUAUACCAGUACUUAACAGCUUAUUCAAUUCUGUUAAGAAAAAGAGAGAAACAUUAGUGGCAAUAGAGUUGUUACUAUCAAAAAUGCUCCAACUGAUCAUUUAAAGCAAGGCAGUAGCAGCUACAUCUUAGAUUACAAUGACGAGUAAACUACUACUGGUGGUGACAGUAGCCUCAUGUCUGCUGAAGAAACAGCCUCUCCACAACUUAGAAAACCCAAAAUCAUCGAUCUUCAGGGACAAGGUGUUAUACUUUGUGAAAUAUCAAUUAAUACACCAGGUGGUCAGCUUGAAAUUAAAUUAAGAGAAUAUGAUUAUCCCUUCUUGUAAACCAUAGUAGAGCUCAUUUAUAAACUUGGUGAGUUUAAGAUCAUUGAAAUGAAAGAGGGGCUAUUUAUUUAUCUUGAGGAUAUGAUGUCUAGAGCUUCGUUCUAGCGACUUCAAGAUCAAAUAAAACCAUUCUAUCCCUAAAAUAGCAGAUAGAAUGUACUUCUAUAAUAAGAAACUACCUCUACUCCAGAAAAUUAAAACCUAUAAUGA